AUGGCUGCUCUCAUGAUCAAGCCCACUGUCGGCCCCAAGGUCCUUCCUGUUCUCAUCGCUGUUGGAAGCAUCUCUGUUGUCGGCGGCUACGUUCGCUCACAACUCACAAACCAAUCCCGAACAUUCGAUCGCUACUUUAGCCAAUACAACACCACAAAGAGCGAAUCUGUUCGUGCAAAGACCUUUAACGGUUCUGUUCCCGAUCCCCGAACAAGUCUGUUCAACGUUCUCGGCUGGUAG